CUCCAAAGGAAUCAGACAGAAAUCUAAAUAUCAACAAGAUGAUGGACUUUGCCUUCAAUCUCAGUUCCUUCUUUCUUAUGCUAUACAUCAUUUCUUCCGCCUCAUUAGUCAUGGAAUACUGGAUGAGGACCAAAUCCAAGCAAAUCAACAUUAAGAACAAGAAGAAGAAACUACCACCAACACCAUGGAAGCUGCCCAUAUUGGGACACAUCCAUCAUUUAUUAGGCUCCCCACCUCACCGCGCCUUAGCCAAAUUAGCUCAGAAACAUGGAGACCUAAUGCACGUUAAGCUUGGUGAAAUCUCAGCCAUUGUAAUUUCAUCUCCCCGUCUUGCAAAACAGAUCCUCAGAACUCACGAUCUAGCGUUCGCGGAUCGUGCGGCACUAUUAGCGACCAAGAUCGUUUGCUACAACGGGGCAGACAUUGCGAGCUCCCCGUACGGCGAGUUCUGGAGACAGAUGCGUAAAAUAUGCACUCAGGAACUACUCAGUGCCGAAAAGGUAAGGUCAUUCCGGUCCAUCCGGCUCGACGAGGCCUCGAAUGUCGUUUCAUCGGUACACGAACUCGCGGGAACCGGAGCUCCAGUGAACCUGACCGCGAUCUUAGGGACGUAUUCGAGUUCGAUGGUUUUCAGGGCGGCUUUUGGGAAAACAAGCAGGCAUCAUAAAGACACUUUCUUAGAAGUACUAAAAGAAGCUUUACCUCUUGUGACUUCCUUUGACAUUUCGGAUCUGUUUCCGUCCUACAAGUUUCUCCAUCCCUUCAGCUGGAUGAGGAAACAGUUUGUGGAUGUGCACAAGAAAAUCGAUGGGAUUUUCGACAGCAUAAUCGAUGAGCAUGUCGAAAACAGGACCGCCACGCAAAAGGGAAUGUCGGAGUGUAGCGAGGAAGAUCUCGUUGAUGUUCUACUAAGGGUUAAAGAAAGCGGGAGCCUUCAAAUUCCCAUUAACAAUGACCAUGUGAAAGCUGUUCUGAUAGAUAUGUUCUCAGCGGGAACCGAAACUUCAUCCUCCAUCGUGGAAUGGGCACUUUCCGAGAUGAUUAGGAAUCCAAAAGUGAUGGCGAGGGCACGUGACGAAAUAAGGAGAGAACUUCAUGGAAAACAAACCGUAGACGAAGAUGAUCUUUGUAAAUUAAGAUAUUUAAAAUUAGUGAUCAAAGAAACUUUAAGGUUACAUCCUCCAGGUCCACUGUUGGUGCCUAGAGAAUGCCGAGAGGAGUGUGAAGUCGACGGAUACAUCAUCACGACUAAAACGAGAGUCUUGGUUAAUGCCUGGGCAAUUGGAAGAGAUCCCGAAUACUGGAAAAAUCCAGAAUGUUUCGAUCCAGACAGAUUCGAAAACGGUUCCGUCGAUUAUAGUGGAACUCAUUACGAAUAUAUACCAUUUGGUGCGGGGAGAAGAAUGUGCCCCGGAAUAUCAUUUGGUGUGGCUAACAUUGAGCUUCCUUUAGCUCUUUUGCUCUAUCAUUUCGACUGGGAGCUCCCUCAUGGCCUCAAUCCAAAUGAUUUGGACAUGAGUGAGACCACUGGAUUAGCCGCAUCAAGGAAAACCCAUCUCUGCUUGAUGGCCAACCCUUAUGAUUCUUCACUUUGA